GAUCGAUUUUCGGCUUUCGCGCUUUCUCUGGAUCUCAAUCUGCUUCUGUUUCUCUCUAUUAGACCAAAACAUACGCUCUUUUUCUCUCUCCAUAUCAAACAGCUGGUUUUUCUCUUUUUGUCACUCUCUAUCUCUUUACAAUCCAACGCAACAACAACUUCCUAUUAAAUGAUCCCUUUCGUACUCUGCUAGUCUCGCUGAUUUACUCUCGUCAACCUUUCUAAACUUUAAUGGCGUCCUUACACAUCUGCCGUACGCCCUCUUGCCAGUCAUUUCUGAAAUCGGAAAACAAACGCCGCAGUUUUAGCUCAGUGGUGCAUGCCGAUUUGGGCCAUUUAUGGAAGGUGAGGUCUAAAAAUGUCUCCUUGAUGCUUGUAAGAUCAGUUGGAGGUGGCAUUCAAAGUUCGCAGGAUGAAUUCUCUGCUAUUGAGAAGAAUGGGGAUGGAAAGGAAAAGGAAGAUAAGGCGCUCGUAUUGGGUGCAGAAACAGAUGAGUCGGGCUCUGUUAUUGGGUUUAACUUGAUUUCUCAGUCUGGUGCUGAAGAAAUUGAAUCUCAUGAAGAUGUAGCUGUUGAUACAGCGGAAGAAAUUGUGGAUGCUGAAGGCAGAGAGAAAGCCCAAACGAGAGUAAAGCAUAGUAUUGUCUUUGUUACUGCUGAAGCAGCACCGUAUUCAAAGACAGGUGGAUUAGGAGAUGUUUGUGGUUCUUUACCUAUAGCGCUGGCUUCCCGUGGACAUCGCGUAAUGGUUGUUUCGCCCAGAUACUUACAUGGAAGUCCUCAAGAUAAGAAUCUGGUUAAUGCUGUAGAUUUAAACUGCCGCGUGAAGGUGUAUUGCUUUGGAGGGGCACAAGAGGUCUCCUUCUUCCAUGAGUAUAGGGAAGGUGUUGAUUGGGUGUUUGUAGACCAUCCUUCAUACCAUCGACCUGGAAACCCAUAUGGUGAUGGCCGUGGUGCUUUUGGUGAUAAUCAGUUUCGGUUCACUGUACUUUGCCAUGCAGCAUGUGAAGCUCCAUUGGUGCUUCCACUUGGAGGAUAUACCUAUGGGGAGAAAUGUCUUUUUCUUGCUAAUGACUGGCAUGCUAGCUUGGUUCCUGUACUUUUGGCUGCCAAAUAUCAUCCUUUUGGAGUUUAUAAGGAUGCUCGAAGUGUUCUUGUGAUUCAUAACCUUGCACAUCAGGGAGUGGAACCUGCAGUCACAUAUAAAAAUUUUGGACUGCCUCCAGAGUGGUACGGGGCACUGGAGUGGGUGUUCCCUACUUGGGCAAGGACUCAUGCUCUUGACACAGGUGAAGCUGUAAAUAUACUAAAGGGUGCAAUUGUGACAGCUGAUCGGAUACUGACAGUUAGCAAGGGCUAUUCUUGGGAGAUAACUACUGUUGAAGGUGGCUAUGGUUUACAUGAGCUGUUAAGCAGUCGAAGAAGUGUUUUAAAUGGGGUCACUAAUGGCAUUAAUGUUUCUGAAUGGGAUCCGUCAUCAGAUGAACAUAUUGCGUUUCACUACUCUGCUGAUGAUCUUUCCGGAAAGGUUCAGUGUAAGAUUGCUUUGCAGAAAGAAUUGGGUCUUCCAGUUAGGCCUGAUUGCCCACUGAUUGGAUUCAUUGGGAGACUGGACUAUCAAAAGGGGAUUGACCUGAUUCGAUGGGCGGUUCCUGAGCUGAUGGAAGAUGAUAUUCAAUUCGUUAUGCUAGGCUCUGGCGACCGACUAUAUGAAGAAUGGAUGAGAGUGUCGGAAUCAACUUACAGAGACAAAUUUCGAGGUUGGGUAGGAUUUAACGUCCCAAUUUCUCACAGGAUAACUGCAGGCUGUGACAUAUUAUUAAUGCCGUCAAGGUUUGAGCCGUGUGGGCUAAAUCAGUUGUAUGCAAUGAGAUAUGGAACUGUACCAGUGGUUCACGGCACUGGAGGACUUAGAGAUACAGUUCAGACAUUUGAUCCAUUUGCUCAAGGAGGUGCUGGAGAAGGCACAGGGUGGACUUUUUCUCCAUUAUCGAAAGAAAGUAUGCUUUCGGCAUUAAGACUUGCAAUCUUGACAUAUAGAGAUCAUAAAGCAUCUUGGGAUGGAAUAAUGAAGAGAGGUAUGCAAAGAGACUACACAUGGGAAAAUGCUGCAAUUCAAUAUGAACAAGUCUUUGAAUGGGCCUUCAUUGAUCGACCUUACAUUAGCUAAAAGGAGAUAUAUAUAUAUAUAUAUGUAAAAGUAGGAAAAAUAAAAUAGAAAAUGAAAAAAAAAAAUUUUUUUUCAAAAUUAUUCCUUGCUUUUGUUUCUGGAGACAUAAACCAAAUUCUUUCCCUCUUCCACAUGCUCUAUUGGGGAUGUGUGAGUUUUACAUUUUAGGUCAAUUCUUUUUGUUGAAAUAUUAUAUUAUAGGCUGCAUGUGCAACUCAUUUACAAUUAUUUUAUUUUUUAUUUAUUUUUAAUUUAGUUCUACAUAGUACAAUAA